ACUAUUCCAACUUCAUUCUGCGCCUGAACUGCUGACAGGAGCUGAAACUGUGACGCUAAGUGGUGAAUUGUUGACCUGUAAAAAUACGAAGUUGUUGAACUGUGGAAAGCUGAGUAAGCAGCUGUUGAAGUGAGGAAAACAUGGCCUCCUCUGGUUUACACCGAGAGAAACACCUGCUGACUUUAGGCAUCCUCCGUGUGGAUGAACGAUAUGCUAACCUGCCAAGGCCAGGACCAAUCCUUCAACUGUUUCUUACAAACUUAAGAAACCGACCUCUGAGAGCUGCGAACAUCAAGUCGAUGAGGGAGUCCAUACUCAGCAUGUAUCACAGCCUCAUCAGCGGUUCUAAGAGCUUCCCUGUAAUUCCCUUCAAAGGAUACCUGAGUUCAGUUCAGACGGUCACACCCUUUGUCCAGACUGAGCAGGAGCAGAGAGAGAACAACACGCCAUCUCCUUUAACAGACGCACCAGCAGGUGUGAUGGUGCCAGCUGCAGACUCCAGCUCUUCUCCUCCAACUAUGAUGACUCCAGUUCUUCCUGAGAGGAUGGCGAUGGCAGCCCUGAAGGCAGACCGCAGGAACUGUGUCCGCAACAUGGAUCUUGAUGGCAGCACUUUCACCAGAGUCAUCUCCACUGUUUACCGCUCCGAUAGCACUGAGAGGGCCAACCGCUGGAGAGUGACCGACUACAGCACCGACGGCCACGUUCUGAUGUCAGCGCUCUGUCAGUUUACCAAAAACUCGGCACAGUGUGCAAAGACUUCCACACGGAGGAAGAGGAAGGUGACAGAGGAAGAGAGCAGCCUAUCUGCACCAAAGAAGCGCUUGAGACUGUGAUCGGAAGACCUAUAGGCUUCUAUUGUACAUUUGUAUAUAGUUUGUAUAUAGUUGGUUCAUCACUGGUGUGGUACAUAGGUCAGUGUUUGUGGUGCGUCCUGCACCUUUCUUUAUUUCUUUAUGCUGGCCUGUGCAUCCAACACGGUGGGAACUAUGAUUGAUUGUAUGAGCUCUCUUCAAAGAGGACUCAGGACAUUUUGAUUGUAUUUUUUCCAUGCAAGAUGAGUUGGAAACUCAUCCAGGAUUUUCCUACACCUCUUGCCCAGUGUGUGUAGACGGGCACCAGUCCACCUGUGACCUUCAACAGCAAAAGCGGUUUAGAUGGAUUUUCUUCUUGUCCUCUAAAGCCAUUAAUAUCCUUGGAUGUGUUUUCUGGAACCAGAAAUACAUUCCACUUUAUAUAAUGGGGCUGACUCCUCACCAGUUAAAAUCAAGCUUCAAAUUUAAGCCUAAACUGGGAAUGAGAAGGCCAGUCACAACGGGGAUUAUUAUGGCUGUAGGGACAGUGACAAAACUGGCAACGCUGCUGUUAUCCACCAAAACAGGCAGGUGGACAAGGAAGGACAAGUCAAUAGGAGAAUCCCAUGAUGACAGGAACAGCAAGAGGCCAGUGAAGAUAUGAACCCACCACCUGCUUGUCUCCCAGUUAACUGGAGCAACCAGCAGUGGAAAGGGUGAAAACACUUGGCUGUGACAUUCUGACCUGUGAAGGAAGAUGGACUUUGCUUUUACACAUCACCAAAAGUCAACAAAUUGUUGUCUUUAAGAGAAAAGAAGCAAGACGAGAAGAGACAAGAGAAGAGGAUGCAACGCCCUGCACUACAAACCCUCAUUUCAAAUGACAAAUAUACAUUUAUUUGAUUGUUGAUUUCUGUUGUUCUGAGGUUAGUAACUAUUCUCCCUUAUGUGCCAUUUGUCUUUUAGAGAGAAGAGAGGAGUCGAGAUGAGACGAGGAAACAAGGAGACAGUGUUUUGUGAUUGUUCUCCUUCAAAAAGAUAAAUAUGAUUUUUUUUCUAUGUCAUUAUCUUCUACAGAUGAAUAGUUCCUCUGGUUGCUGGAGUUGUUCAUUAACUAU